CUGGCGCUCCACCGACAGUUGCCUCAGCAGUCGAUUUCGGAGGGGAUUGGCGGAAAAAACCGAGAGGGGGAGAGAAAUGUGACAACUGCCGGGGCUGGCGGCUGCCGCGGGGAGGCCUCCGCACCUGUGCCUGCCGCUCCGCCGCCCGGCGCAGUUGUGGGAUCCGCCGCGCCCCGCCGCAUCCUCCCGCCGACCGCCGCGGCGCCCCCGGAGCCCAGCAUGACUUCUUCGUUCAAGCUGGAUUUCCUUCCGGAGAUGAUGGUCGACGGCCGCUUGCUGGUCUCUGACAGAAUUAACGGCACAGCUAACAAGAUGAAUGGAGCUUUGGAUCAUUCAGACCAACCAGACCCAGAUGCCAUUAAGAUGUUUGUUGGACAGAUUCCCCGUUCGUGGUCAGAAAAAGAAUUAAAAGAACUUUUUGAGCCUUAUGGAGCUGUCUACCAGAUUAAUGUUCUCCGAGACAGAAGUCAGAACCCUCCCCAAAGUAAAGGUUGUUGUUUCGUAACAUUUUAUACAAGAAAAGCUGCUCUUGAGGCACAGAAUGCACUGCACAAUAUUAAAACUUUACCUGGGAUGCAUCAUCCUAUUCAGAUGAAACCUGCAGAUAGUGAAAAGUCAAAUGCUGUGGAAGACAGAAAAUUGUUCAUAGGAAUGGUUUCGAAGAAGUGUAAUGAGAAUGAUAUCAGGGUGAUGUUUUCUCCGUUCGGCCAGAUAGAAGAAUGCCGAAUCCUUCGGGGACCAGAUGGGCUGAGCCGAGGCUGUGCGUUUGUCACAUUUUCUACAAGGGCAAUGGCACAGAAUGCAAUCAAAGCCAUGCACCAGUCUCAGACCAUGGAGGGCUGCUCUUCGCCAAUCGUGGUGAAGUUUGCUGACACCCAAAAGGACAAGGAGCAGCGGCGUUUGCAGCAGCAGUUGGCUCAGCAGAUGCAACAGCUCAAUACUGCCACUUGGGGAAACCUCACAGGUCUUGGAGGACUCACACCACAAUAUCUAGCUCUCCUGCAGCAAGCAACUUCCUCCAGUAACUUGGGUGCCUUCAGCGGCAUUCAGCAAAUGGCCGGCAUGAACGCUUUACAAUUACAGAAUUUGGCAACUUUAGCAGCCGCAGCAGCCGCCGCCCAGACCUCAGCUACCACCACCAAUGCAAACCCUCUCUCCACAACGACUGGUGCUCUGGGAGCCCUCACAAGUCCUGUGGCUGCCUCAACUGCUAAUUCCACAGCUGGUGCGGCCAUGAAUUCUUUGACUUCUCUGGGUACUCUCCAAGGACUGGCUGGAGCCACUGUUGGACUGAAUAAUAUUAAUGCACUAGCAGGUACCGUAAACAUUGCUCAAAUGCUCUCAGGUAUGGCGGCCCUGAACGGAGGACUCGGCGCCACAGGCCUGACGAACGGCACGGCCGGCACCAUGGACGCGCUCACCCAGGCCUACUCAGGAAUCCAGCAGUACGCGGCCGCCGCGCUGCCCACCCUCUACAGCCAGAGCCUGCUGCAGCAGCAGAGCGCCGCGGGCAGCCAGAAGGAAGGUCCAGAAGGGGCAAACCUCUUUAUUUACCACCUCCCCCAGGAGUUUGGAGACCAGGACAUUCUGCAGAUGUUCAUGCCUUUUGGAAAUGUUAUCUCUGCUAAAGUCUUCAUUGACAAACAGACCAAUUUGAGCAAGUGCUUUGGUUUUGUUAGCUAUGACAAUCCGGUCUCUGCACAAGCUGCUAUCCAGGCUAUGAACGGCUUUCAGAUUGGCAUGAAACGCUUGAAGGUUCAGCUGAAACGCUCCAAAAAUGACAGCAAACCUUACUGAUCUUAACCCCAGAUGCUUACUGCUCUUAUUUUAGCUUUCUUAGGGUAAGUCCCAUGAGCAAACCUGUCCUCUGCAGGGGGGUUAAGAAAGAACAUAGAGCCAACCUUCACCAAGGGACAGUUAUUUUUACAGUUACCACUUCCAUCUCCCCACUUGUCCUUACUGCACUUGGCUCCCAUUUCCUUGCCAAGUAAUUACUGAGUUGUGUUACUGUAUUUUGUUUUGCAGCAUAAUUUAUCUCCUUUUCGAAACGAAAAUAAAUGUCUUGAAAUUCCAAACAGCACACACACACAGACACAAAAAAAAAUGUGCAAUUUAACUCUGUGAACCCUGGUGCCAUUAGCACACAAUAAAAGUUGUUUUCUAUGGAUGGAUCGUAUUUUACCAGGGUGGCACCAGCAGUUUAUAGGUUAAACAAAAUGGCCUCAUGGCAGUUGAAGCACUUAUUUUGCAACAAAAAUUGAAAUAAGUCUUUCCACUACAUCAACUUGUUUUUUGAGAAGAUCUGAUUUUUUUUUCAGUUCAAAUCAACGUAUUGUUAUAUAUUAGUCUGAUUUUACACUGGUCGUCUUUAUAUUUCAUUUUUUUUAAGUUCUUGUUUUUUUGGAAAGGAUUAAUGUAAAAAAGAUUUAGAGAUCUGUUUCUAAAGCUACAGGGUUUAAAAUAAAAAAAAUAAAAUGAGUGACAAUACUUGAUGUUUCUUGAGAGAUAAAUUUAAUAAUAAUAAAAAAAAGAAAGCCACAGGCCUGUAAAUUUUAUUUGUAAAAAGCAUUUCUAUUUUUAUACAAAAUUUUUACUGCCUCAGAAAUAAUGGAAUUUAUUUAUUGCCUAUUGUUAACUUAUUGGAUACCUAAAGAGCAGCUCUCUAUGCUAGCUAGAUCCUUUGAAGUAGUCUCUAGAGUAAUUGUGCCAAGAAUGGGCGCUUUUUCACUGUUGAACCCUCCACCCUUUGCAGUCCAUGCUUUUAUCCUCUUGUUUGUAUUUGUCUGGUUAUUUUGUUCGUAGUUUCCAUUACCUAGUUUAAAGUUCGGUUGUCUGACCCUUUCCCUCCCCCUGCCCCCCCUGUACCUUUCUGUUACAUUUGUAGAAACUGGUUCUUUCCUCUCUUUUUCUCCCCAAAGAGGAAUCCAUUCUCUCUGACUCCUUUCAGAUGGAUUCUUUUGGGGUUCCAUUGCGUUCUUGUUGACAAGUAUUGUAAGUUAAUGCAAAUUAUGUGAACAGCUCGUAGGCUCUACUGAUAAAAGAUUUGCAUUAGUUUUCUCCUGCACCCAUAAAAGUGAUUUUGUUUGUGCUGCAUAGAUUCUGUGUAACUUUUUUUCCUCUUCCUUGUUUUUUCCCUAGACAUCUCCAUGCCCGUUAGCCCAUCGUUUGCCUAGCAUGUCCCUGUGGCGUCUCAAAAAAAAAAAAGUUUCAUCGUCCCGUCAUUGUUUCUGAUGUCUUUCUGACCUCACAUCAUAUUUGGUUCUCCUACUGACCUAGUUUGACCUUUGAAAUUUGCAUGUGACCUCAUCUAGCUAUGAAUUCUGGGAAGUCAAUGUGAAAAAACAUUGCUGCAUUCAUGCAAGACUGAAAUUUAUUAUUAGAUAAAUUAAUGAUAGGAUUUAAAAACAACCUGUGGCAAAAUGUUUUUUCUUUCUUUCUUUCCUUUUUGUUUUUUCAGUUUUGGUUUCUGGUUUUCUUCUUUCCUUGUAGUUUUUGUUUCAUUUUGUUUGGGUUUUUUUGUUUGGGUAUUUUUCUUAGUUGAUUUUUGGUUUUGGUUUUUUUUUUUUUUUAUUUCGUAAAAAAAAAAAUAAAAAAAAAAACAGACUUGAAAGUAUUAUACAGGGAUUGGCAUUCUGCCUGGUCACUGGUGACAAUAGCAAUAUGUGUCCAGAGGCACAGAAUGUUGGUUUCUAACAGACUACUUCCAAAACAGUUUGAGAAAUAAAACUGUCUGAUUUUAAGUCUCUAGAGGUCUGUAAUAGUUUUUACAUUUUUCAGGCAGUGUAAAGUUUUUUGAUAAGGCCAUUUUAGGUGGCUCACUUUCUCAUUAAAGUAUAUAUAUAGAACCACUUUUUGUAGAUUAGUAUAAGAAAAUAUUUACCCUGUUUUAGGGCAAAUGCUACCUACUUGUGUCACCUUUUGCUGAACUGACUCACAGUUAGACAAUCCAUGGUUUAAUGCACAUGAAAUUACCUAUAUUUUAUACUGUUUCAAUGUACAGAAGAAAGGUUACUGUAAAAUGUGUUACGUUGGUGCUUCUGUGAAUUAAGUUGUGGUUUCAUCAUGAGUCUUAUGGUCUUAAGUGUUCUAUGUUUAUAAAAAGACAAGUUUAAAAUUGGUUUACUUGAACAACAAGAACAAAAAGAAGAUUCAAAAAAAACACAAAAAAAAGUUGUUUGCUUAAAAAAAAAAUAAUUUCAUGUGAAAAUGAAAAAAUAUUCCAGAAUAAGUUUGUGUUGGCUUGUGACGCAUUGAUGUCAUUUUUUUAUUGUGAACAAUUUAGGUGUGUUUGUGUUCAGCAAAAUGUGAUCAGUUUUUCUUUUAAAGAAAAAAAAUCAGUGAAACUAUAGUGCCAAAUUCCAAAGGUACUUUCUUCCUAGAGCUUCAGUGUGUUUCUUGUGUGAAGUAAUUUGAUAACAUGGGUAUUUUAUUAUGUGUUUUGUAUAAAUCCCUAAUAUUUAAAGAAAAAAGAGGUUAAAAAGUUUGUUAACUUGCUAUCCUGUGGUCUUGUUGCCUGAAAUUGUUAUUGUUUGUUAUUUCUCUUUGAUGUUUUUUGUAAAACAUUGUAUAAGUGCCCAUGUUUCACUUUUUUAACCACUCUGCACACAUCAAUGCUGUGAAAGCAAACCUCACUAUGUAUUUUCUUCAUAUUGUAUGGAAACCUCUAAGGUGAGAAAGUUUUGAACUUUUAACCCUUUCCACCCAGAGCUGUCUUGAGUGUUAAUACCUUUUAUACAUUCACCAUUUUGCUGUUUAUUUUUAUAUAUAUAUCUAUAUCUAUAAAUAUAUAUAUACUUAGUUUUUUGUGGUUUAUUUAAUACAUGGUUGAAAUCAGAACAAUGCACAGGGCAGAUCUGAAGGACAAAAAUAUUUUACUGCUGUCUAAAUUUCUUCUGUAUCUAUAACUAAAAUUAUUUAAAACCGUAAUUAACUUGUGGUUUUCCUUUUUAGAUUUUGGGGAUUUUGUCUUUUCUUAAAGAGCUUUUAAUAUGCUGCUGGAAUAUGCUAUUCAGUAUUAAUAAAAUAAAAGAAAAAGAAAACAAUUCUUUAAUUAUCUAUUGUAUGAGCCACUCCCAACCAGGAGCGGUCAAUCCACCAUUUGAAAACCUUGAGGAGAAAAAAAAAAAAAGAAUAAUAAUAUUUUUGUAAUUUAAAUAAAUGAAUUUUUGCUUAAAUCAGAUGCACUAGAUCUUCCUGGGUGAAAAUUCAGUGUGCACUGCAGUUAAACUACUUUUUAUGGAUAAAGUUUACAUACACUGUAAUGUUUGGUGUUAUUUGCCAUUAUUUGUCACGGCAAUAUCCUGGCUUACUCCCGCAGACACUCGUUCAGAGAGGAGUAACUUUACUCGUGCCCGUGGUCCAUGGGAAUGUCUGUGUGACUGAUGGGGGUGUUUGCUGGAGGAAGCUCUUUGUCAGGAGCCAGAAAAGAGAUGCUGGUAGCCCUUUUCACUGCCUUGUAAGUCCGAUUGGGUUGCGUUCCUACCGCACAAACAGUGACCAACAACCAAAUUCGGUUCUUUGCCACCGGUUCAGCAAAUUCAUUGCCAAUCCAAUGUGUGUGAGCAGCAGUACCUGCUACAGGUCAUAAAGUGCCAUAACUUCUUCCACCUCCUAGUUCUAUCUGGUUAUAUCUGAAGCCACCUAAAAUUAAAAACAAAGCCCUAUAUGAGCAACAUCAGCUGGUGCACUCUUGUCUCUCAUCCCCAACUUAAAUGCUUCUUUAUGUAGAGCCCUGGGAUGGAAAGGACUAGCCUCUAGUGAUGCAAAAAAAGUUUCCUUCUUAUAGCACAUGCACUUAUAAAUAAAUGAUCUAUACUUUUCUCACGUUUUUACUACUGCUGGGGCCUUCCUACACCCUUUGAGGGCUAUUUUGUACUACUUGCAGCAAUUGUGCGUAUUCAAAGUAUCAUCUCACGUACGUUAUAUUAUAUAUAUGUACAUAUAUAUAUAUAUAUAAUAUGAGAUCAUCAUUUGGAUUGUUUAGAGACUGUUUCACUAAUUUUUCUCAUUGUACCCACCGUCUAAAUUUCCAAAGCUUUUGUAGAUGCCCUGGUGUGUCCUGUGGGUUUUCCAGUCCGGUUAGAGCGGUGAUGCCUCUGGUCCUUGGGCAGUGUAACUCAACACCAGGCUGCCCUGAAUACUCCACAGGACAUUGGCUUAGCAGUGGGAGACAAGGAAUGUUUCUGUACUUCCAGGCAACUGAGAUGAGUCAUUGCUUAGAAAAGUGUCCCAUCUCUGGAAAAAAAAAAAACUAAAAUUCAAAAUAAAAAAUACAAAACCAAAAAACCCAAAUGUACACCUCCUGGGAGGCAAAUUAUCUACCAGUUCUCUUUCAAAAUAAUGAAAGGAAAAAGCUGCAAGGGUGCAAGGGCCUAAUAAGAGAGGAAGUAAAACAAGGGAAAUUGCUUUACAAAAUUUUAAUCAAAAGACUAGACUAGUUGUUUUAUCAAACAAAUUAGCUAAUUGCAAUGAAAUGGCAGUCCUCAAAGGAGUAACAAGUUCAUCUUUCUUUCACCAUAGGGGUUACAGUUCCUUGGCUUGUGCUACUCUGGAAUCAUUUUACUGUUUCUGUUUUUAUUAUCUUAAGUGCUAAUUAACAAAAGAAAAAAAUAUCCUGUAGUUUCAUUACCUUUUUGGAUAAUGUCAUACAAAAAGAAAAAAAAAAAACAAACCUAUGUAUUUGUGUUUUUUUCGUGCUGUGGGAAUUGUUGUUUGUAGAUUAAUAAUACUAUCAUUUUGUUUAGAAUUACAAACUAGUUUUUAAGUAUUGUCUGAGAAAAGCCAAAGUUAAUGCAAUCUAGUGGAAACUGUAAGACCAUUUGAGUAUUGUUUCUGUUUUAUUGAUGCAUUUGGAUUUUGUUGUUUGAUGGAAUUUGAGCCAAAAAAAAAAAAAAGAACAAAAAAAAGGCAAAAAAAAAAGCAGGCUUUCCUAUUUCUACAACUUGAUUGUACUUAUGCAUUUUGUACCAGUGGAACUUUUUAUACUGGAGAUUAAAAAACAAAUGGAAAUUUUUGUGGCUUACUCUCGUGGGCCCCCUCGAUCAUGACUGAUUUUCAAGUUUGAUUUCUGGACGGUAGAAAGAGAGUUGGUUUUGUUUCAAGAAUUCAAAACUUUGGCUUGAUUUCUUUUUUUCCCUUUGCUUAUAUCUAGUGUUUAGAAUUUUGUCUUAACAAAAGCGGUAAGUUUCACUUUUUAUUCUGUAUCGUGCAGUUACACAAUAAGGUAAUUAGAAUUAGGAGUACUCGGUCACUUUGCGUGGAUAAAUGUAUUAGUUAAAACGUUAGGGGUUUGCUUUUUUGCUGUUUAGAUCAGAGUUUUUUCUGAUUCUUCUGUCCUCAUUGUGAACAUAACCGUGUAGUUGAAACAGUCAGACUUAUUUUUGUAACGUAUGUUAUUGUGUGAUGCAGUUUUUUGCUUCUGUCUCCAAUAUUAAACCAUUUUCCUAAUACUUGUCUCUCUACUUUGUGUGUUGUAUUGUUGGUGGUCAUUCUGUGUUGGUAAUACAUCUGCACACCUCACUGUUUCACGUGCCUGUUUUUUUUUUUUUCUCUAUUUGUUGGUUGUGUACAAAAGAUACAGUCGAUUCCACCUAAGUGAAUAGCUGAUUGGGGGGCAAAAGAGGAUUUGUACAUUUUAGACAUAUUCUGGUUUCUUUGAAUUUUUUUUUUUCUCUCUUCCUCCCCCUAGUCAUGCCUUAUCACUUGGAUAAUCUCUUGGAGCAGGAAGCAUUUUAAAUGAGUUUCCUGCAAAGUCCUAUUGAAGGUAGCUUUUAUUAGCCUUCAAACUGCAAAACCUUCUGCACACAAACACACAGAAGACACCUGAAAAGAUUUCUUUUUUUUUUUUGCUGUGGCAUUUCAGUCAGUCUGGAAAAUGUGGAUUAUGGAGAUCAUUUCUUCCUAGUUGUUAAAAAAAUAAUAAUAAUACUCUGCCACUACAUUGCAGAAGCAUAUGAAACAUUCAAGAAAAGGAGGAUAUAGCCUUGGGAUUUUUUCCAAACUGCACAGUAAUCUGAUGGCAUAUGGCGUUAGUCAAACUCUCCCUAGAAACUAAUCAUGGCUUAAGUAGGGCUGGGAGAGCCUGCAAAAUCUUACCAGGUGAUCAAGCUUGUUAUGUGCAGUUGUGCAUAUAAUACUUUAAAAUAUAUAGCAAAAUCCAAGUGAGCACAGGAAGACUUUCUUGCUAAAGCCAAUGGAAGUAAAAAAAAAAAAAAAAAAAAAAAGAAAAAAAUUUUAAAAAGGAGAAAUAAAUUAUGGAAAAAAGAUCCCCCGUUGUUCCAAUGGGUGAUAUUUUUGCUGUGGGCUUACAAAGCAGAUCAUUCUCAGCAUUGACUGAUAGUAUUACACAAAUCUCAAAAGGGACUAAAGAAAUACCAUAGCACUUUUUUUCUCAUUAUUUUUUACACUUGGCUCUUAGCUUUUUUAUUCUUUCCUUUCCUAUAAUUUUUUCCUCCUCACAAGAAUCUCUCUGCUCUCCCCCAACCGGUGUCUACCACGAUGAAAUAAAAGCUGCAAAAGAAAAAUCUAUGUUGUUCUGGUUUACAGAAAGUCUCUUCUCUCCUCUGAUCGCAGAUACAAACCUUACAAUUUGGAGAGGGGGGGGAAAAAAAAACAAAACAAAACCAACCAAACCCAACCCAAGGAGGAGAGAGAAGCACUGGUGAGUGCUCUCUGGAAUUCAAGCCAUACGCCCCCAUCCCUUUCCUUUGUCCCACUUUCUGUGAUGCUCAGGAAUCGAAGACCACUUAAAAGUGCUCUUAUGAGACCCAAACGACACUCGUCCCUCUUGUCUCCUCUCCCCUGGUCUCUCUGGCGCUCUGGCUUUGGCUCACACACACACACAGCCCCAUCAAUACCGUCCAACAAGGUCCUGGCGCACUGGGUGUAUCCGUGUGGUGUCAGCAGCGACGUUGGUUCCUGCCUUUGGAAGACUUUUGAAAUUUUCUGGUGGCUUGUGAGUUGGCCUGGUUGUUACUGCUCGAUCUAUUUUUCUGAAUUUUUUUUUUCCUUUUUUUCACUUUUCUGUUUCCAUGAGAAGCAAACAAGUGAUGAGCCUGGAGCCCCCAGUGAGCUGCAGUGCCAUCCCACAGGGUCUGUUAUCAGAGGUCAGGGGUCCAAGCAGCUCUAGGUUUAACCUAAAACCACAGGAGCCUGUAGCAGACAGCCCAGGCAGGAAAGCAGAACCUGAUGGUCAGAAUAUAGCCUGGGUCUUUGACACCUGUAGAGUUUAUGUUCUCGAUUUGGAUAAUUUUGACACCAGUGGAUUCAGUUAAGUAAGUCUUGACUUGCAUGAUGGAUAAAUCAGAAUUGCUCUCUGGGUUUUUUUAGCUUGCUGUGGAUGUUUUCUUUUUUUUGUUUAUUUUUCUCUUUUUUUUCCUCCAAACUUGGUCUUAGGAAAGAAACUAGAGCUUUGUGAAGGGUCUUUUCUUCCAAAAAUACAACUGAAAAAAAAAGACUUAUAUUGCAGUUAGGUUUCUUUUAAAUACUCAGGGCUGAAAGAUGCAGGGUUUUCUUUCUUUUUUUUUUUUUUUUUUAAUUUCAACAAUGGGGGAAAAAUGAGUUCCUUAAAGCAAUGCAGCUGAACAGUUUGUCCUGCUUAAACACAUGCUUUUAAUUUCAAUUAUGUAAGGCACCUUGCAGUGUUAGCAAAAUGUCUCUUUGUUAGCUAUAUGUGUAUCGCCAUGGGAAAUUACCAAACUGUCACAAGACUCGCUGAUUAAAGAAUAGCCUGCCAGAGUGUGUGUGCCUUUGCCCAGUGUGACUCUUAGGUAUUAGGCUAAGGAAAACAGUUUAACAAAAUGUAGUGUGAAUCAUUCCUGAUAAGUGAAUAAAGCAUUGUGACCAAGCAAUCAGAUUAUUCACUUAUCAGGAAUCGACUGUACUGAUAGUUUGCCUGAUCGUUUUUGUUCCUCAUCUCUGUUGUAGUUUCACUACUUUGCUGUGUUCUGUUUUUUCUCUCAUGCUCUUAGUAAAAUCACUGGGAAUAUCCCUUCGUGUGAUCAUGAAACGUGCUACUGAGUAACAAAUAAAAAAAAAAAUUUAAAUAUAAAAAUGAUAUCUUAACAAAAUCUAUGCACUUGCUAUCAGGAACACAAUACUGGAUGUGUCUUAUAUAUAUUGAACUAUAAUAGUAUUCGAUUUCUUAAAUAAAGCUUAAGAAAGGA